AAUUUUGCAUAUGUCCCCUUUAAUGGCAAUAACCGCAAUUAAAAGCAACAACAAAAAGAUAUAUGCUUUAAUGGAAAUAAUUAUACCAUAUUUUAAUUAAGUUGUUUCAGGUAUUUUCCACAGUUUCUGUAUUAUUUUUGUUCUUAUCUACAAACUAUCGAAACAAAAGCUUUUAUUUUGAAAAUUAUAUGACGUCACAACCGCCACCUCCAGUUUUUCUUUUAGCACCAUCAUAAUAUUAGCUUGCCGAGUAGCAGCGACCUAGCUGCCUAUCUGAAUGGUGUAAACCCUGGAGAUAUUAAUGAGUCGCAGAAGAAACCGAAGUCUGGCUGAAACGGGACCGUCUCCGGACCUCCACAAAAUUCUCAUGGAGUCCCCCGGUUCGGUGGGUCGAGCAGACGCUGAUUUCCUGGAGCUAGAAGCCGAAGAGGAGCUCUUCUGCUCGGUCAGUGACAUCACCGAGCACCUAGGCAGAAACAUCACGUUGGUUCUGGAGACAGCCUUGUCUGAAAUCCGGAAAAUGGUCAGCAUCCGUGUCCGAGUCCUGAAACUGGAACUACGUGAGAAAACCGAAGAGAUUGAAAAGUUAAAAGCACGGUUAGACAAAGUUCAGAGGGACGAGCGAGACCCUUUCCCCAGCUUAGAACCAUCAGAGCAGGGCUUCAGAAAACACGAUUUCACUUCCGGAUCCAAAACCAGUACCGAGCCUAGGAGAACAAAAGCUGUGUAUCCAAGUGUGAAAAAGGAAAACAUUGAUGCUAUUUGUGACUAUUUAAUGAAAGAUAAGAACUCCAGAGGUUCUGUUGAGAUGGACGGAGAACAGGCCAGUCUGUCCAGUGGUGAAAAUCAGGAUUCUGAAGAACUGGAACCACAUCCUCUCAACCUGUGGUCGGACAGUGGGAUGGCAGGCUCCGGGCCUGGAGACGGAACCGCAGAUGAUCUUUUUAAUAUGAUCCCAUCUGGCAGCAAACGGGUUUAUGACUACGAAUGGAUGGCCUGUUCAUCCGAGCUGAAAGCACCUGCUUUAAAGGAGCCUGAGUGUGAAAACACUCAAACCUGUGAGACCAAGGAUAAUGAAGAUGAGUUGUCCACAGAGGARGGGGUUGAGGUGGAGCAGACCCAGGGUCCUCUGUCACAUGUUCAUUCCUCCGAGUUCUCUGUUGAACUGCAGAGUUCCCCAGCUGGUGGUGGGCGCCCCCUGGACACKAACACAGACAAGCCUGAGGGGGGAGCACACCUCGACCCACUACCAGAACCAUCCGCCUCACAUGAAGGGCAGCCGUUUCCCAACCACACCUACAUCUGCUCACUCUGUGGAACCUUCUGUCCUGGCUCCAUGUUCCUGGAGGAACAUAUCAAACUCAUACAUCCAGACACUAACGAAACCCAAGCUUUCAAGGUCCUGCAGGGUACCUCCUCUGCUCUACUCGGCAUGAUGGAAAGUACUGAUUCUACAAGACCUGUCAGUGAGGACAGCCCGCAACCAGGUUCUGAUGUCAGCAUGGGUCGAACAUUGAGAAAGGAGAUUAAAAUUGAGGGUGGGUAUGAAUGCGGGGACUGUGGCCGCCAUUUUAAUUAUCUCGGAAACCUUCGUCAGCACCAGCGCAUUCAUACUGGAGAGAAACCCUUUGUGUGUCCAGAUUGUGGGGAGACAUUCCGCCAUGCAGCUCGUUUGAAAAGUCACAGGUUGGUCCACAGUGGAGCUCAGAGCCCAUUCCCCUGUCCACAGUGUGGGAAAGGCUUCUCAGUGCUGUCGGGGCUCAAAAGACACCAAAGAGUGCACACUGGAGAGAGUCCAUAUGCAUGUCCUCAGUGUGGUCGUUGCUUUAAAGAGCUAGGGAAUCUGUACACCCACCAGAGGAUCCACAGUGGGGCCACACCUUACUGCUGCCAGCAAUGUGGCCGCAGCUUCCGCCAUCUUGGCACGUUCAAGAGUCACCGCUGCAUGCCAGCACAGUAACCUGCCUGUACUGUAGUAGUCGCGGAUGAUCGAUACAGGUACUCUGAGACUUCAAAAGUUAGUCUGUGUGAAGAACCGGCCCUGUAGAAACAAGACCAGAGAUGCUGCUGAAGAGAAAACUCACCUCCACAGCGUACAAAGUCAAGAGUUCAUUGAGUUCCAGUGUUCAUUGUUGACCCUGUAGAGAGAGCCCUGUUGUUCCAGAGCUUUUAAUUAAAACAUGUAUAAUAUUAA